AUGAAAUUAUUGAGAAAUUCCCAUCGUUGUAUUGUCCAAAUGAUUGGAUGUAUAAGUAUACCCGAUACUACUCUUGGUCUUGUACUCGAAUUUUGUUCUAAUGGAAAUUUAUUAAAUUAUUUACGUAAAUUAUCUGAAGAACAACAAAAAUUGGCAAAAGAAAAUAAAAUUAAAAUUGAGAAAGAAAAUGAAAGGAUUAAUAGUGAUUUUAUGCGUUUUUCAUGGCAAAUUUGUGAUGGAAUGAAAUUCUUGUCAGAAAAACAAAUUAUUCAUAGAGAUUUGGCUGCUAGAAAUAUUCUUUUAGAUGAUUUUAUGGUUGCUAAAAUAUCCGACUUUGGUCUUUGCAUUUUUGAUAAUUCAAAAAAUUUGUCUAAUUUUGAAAACCCUUCAAUUCGAUUAAAAACAAUUUUAAACAACAGAGAAAAAGGCCAAUUAAACGAAAAAUUGCCUUUAAAAUGGUUAGCACCAGAAAGUUUGUCUGAAAAGAAAUUUUCAGAGAAGAGUGAUGUAUGGUCAUAUGGUAUUCUUCUUCAUGAAAUUUACACUUAUGGCAAAAACCCUUUUGAUGCCAUUGAAAGAAUUUCUUUAUUAGAACAAAUAAUUAAAUACAAAAAUAAUAUUCAAAAACCUUCAAUUUGUCCAAAAGAAAUGUUUGCAAAAUUCUUUAAAAUAAAUUAG